CUCCAGCGCCCCUUCUACGGAACGCCGGGCUCCAGGACUUGCCUCUAUUGCCUGCGUAGACGAGUUCCAAGAGCUGGGUGGCGGUGUCUCGGAUAGGCGGGGCCAGCAUCAGUCGACCUACUCCAAGGUCUAUCCGAAACCACUGGUUAGUGGUGAGAAGAGGACCCCGGUGUCCCGGCAGUGGGCGCGGGAAGCCAGGGUGGCUGUUUGUGCUCACCCCCCUCCCAACUCCUCCUCGCUCGCUGAUUCGCCCGUUCAGGAAUUGGAAAUGGGCAACCUCGAGAGGUGCAUCUGGGGACGUACAUGGCUCUGAGACCCUUGCCACCUGCCUCUCCUUCCGCCCAUGGCCACACUGGUGGUCCUCGCCACUCUGGCCCCAUUGACGCUGCCUUGAGAGUUGCUCCAAAGUAGGGCUCCCGAGCUUGGAGCAGCAUGGGCACUGAGAGGGAAGAGCCCGACUGCCAGAAACAGUUCCAGGCAGCCGUCAGCGUCAUUCAGAACCUGCCUAAGAAUGGCUCUUACCGCCCCUCCUAUGAAGAGAUGCUGCGGUUCUACAGCUACUACAAACAGGCUACCAUGGGGCCCUGCCUGGUCCCCCGGCCUGGGUUCUGGGAUCCCAUUGGACGUUAUAAGUGGGGUGCGCUUCCAUGUUUCCUAUCCGUUGAUAUCCUUUGGGAAAUCACGUUUCUGUUGCCCUCUCUCCCAAGUCUGUCUGAUCCUGACUGAUGCCAGGUGGAGAACCCUUCCUGCACAGGUGAUCGACACAGUGCCCCUGGGCGAAGUGGCGGAAGAUAUGUUUGGUUAUUUUGAGCCCCUGUACCAGGUGAUCCCUGACAUGCCAAGGCCCCCAGACACCUUCCUAAGAAGGGUCACAGGUUGGAAAGAGCCAGCACUGCACAGAGACGAUCAGACUGCUCCAGAGCCUUCUUGCCUCCCCAAGGAGCCAGUACCUCCAAGUCCAGAGCCCCAGCCACCCAGGGACUUGGACCUGGAGGUUUUCUGUGAUUCUCUGGAGCAGCUGGAGCCAGAGUUGGUGAGACCGUCCCUCUUCUCCCCUGUUCCUCCCGGGUCAGAGUUGCCCCGCCUCCACCCUGAGACCUGCGACUCAGCUCAGCAGGUCUGCUCGGAGCAGAAGGCAGCAGCUGGCCGGGAGCUGGACACUGGAGGCAACCCUGAGUCCCCCAGUGAAAAAAAGGGGUUGGAAGGUAGCCUGAUGGGGCCCCAGGAACUGGACAAAUGGCUGGUGGGGACGGUCCGGGCCAUGCAGGAAAGCAUGAGGAAUGUCCAGAGGAGAUUACAGAGCCUGGAGAGCAAGUCCCAGCCACGUGAGCAGAGGCCACCCAGGACUCGGCCUUGGCCCCUAGGGCUCUCGGCUCCCACGCUGCUCUUCUUUAUCCUGUGGCCCUUCGUUGUCCAGUGGCUCUUCCGACAGUUUCGGACCCAGAAGAGGUGACUCAAGGAAGGGGUCUCUCUAGCAACUGAGAAGGCUAUGACGAGUCCCCGCGCACGUCCUGCUGUGACCUGAGCCUCCCUAGGUUUAGGGAAACAGCAUUAGAAAUCCCUCCUAUCUUCUUUCGCCCUGGCACUCCCUCCUUUGGGGGGGGGCAAUAAGACCCCACCCUUCCCUGCAACUCGCACUGACGCCCAGAGUCCCCAAGCGGUUGGAUUGGCUGCUGUCAUGGUGCACAUCCUAGCUUUGGGGUUGGCGGUGAGCACCCUCCGACCCCACCCUCUGGGUCACCUGACUUUGCUCCUGCCGAGUCGGCUCCCUGCCAAGACUCAGCUCUUGGGCGAGUUGGGACUUGGACCUGGCCUGAAGACUGAUUGGCUGAAAGGUUACAGGAAAGACUGAAGCUGGGAGGAAUGGGAGGGGUGUGCAGGCUGGGGGCUGGGACGCCCCGCACACACGCACACGUCGCGCUCAGGACUUCACUAAAGAUUCACGUGCAAUUGAACGCUUCAUUAAACAAAAGAAAACCUCCUCAGUCUGCCGUCUGGGCGCCCACGAAAAGAGCGGGAAAACGGGCGGGUCGCGCGAGACACAAGUCCAGUCCCACUCCCUAAAUGCUCUGAAGAAGAGCUAGGGCUUCCUUAUAAG